GGGUGAGGUAGAAUUCUCAAUAGGGAACGCAAGGACAAUGGUGAAAUCUACUCAAAUAGCUAGGCUGGAUGGCCUGAUGCUGGCUGCUUCAGUCGACGAUGAACAGGUCGAGACAGAGCUGGCCGAGGUCAAAUCCCAGGCGAAAAUGAUCUUCAGACGGCUGAAUCGCAAUUCAGAGCAGCAGGCGAGCAUAGAAUCUGGCCAAUACACAUUGCACUACAUCAUCAAAGACUCAGUGUGCUUCCUAUGCAUCUGCGACCGCUCCUAUCCUCGAAAACUGGCCUUUACCUACCUCUCCGACCUGGCGCAAGAAUUCACCACGAUUUACCCUUCUCAGCAAUACCUCUCCGCGACGUUACGGCCUUACGCUUUCGUCGAGUUCGACACGUACAUCCAGCGAACGAAGAAAGUCUACCAGGACAGCCGAGCGAGCGCGAACCUGGAUAAAUUGAACGAUGAGUUGAAGGAUGUUACAAAGGUCAUGACCAAGAACAUCGAGGAUCUACUGUAUCGCGGAGACAGCUUGGAAAGAAUGGGCGAGAUGAGCGGCCGGUUAAGAGAGGACAGCAAAAAAUACCGAAAAGCCGCAGUGCGAAUAAAUUGGGAGUUGAUGCUGAAACAGUACGGACCUUUCGCCGCUCUUGGAUUGAUCAUGAUUUUUUUCUUGUGGUGGCGCUUCUUCUGAGCGACUUAUUGGCGAGUCUUCGAUGAUCGUAUGGAUAGUAAAAUUGGCGGCUACCAGUCGCGCACAAGAUACCCUGUUUGCGGCUGUCUCUGGUGUAGGAUUUCGACAGAAGUUCUUGGUGUUGAGCCACUUGGGAAUGUUUGAUUACGAGAAACAGCACUUCAUAUUUCAUCUUCUUCCUCGUCGAAAUCGUCCUCGACACCCAUAUCAUACAGGAUCCUUCCACCUUCACCUCCACCACCAGCUUUCUGAGCAUCGAAGUAUGGCAGCACUACGCCUUCUCGCUCCAAUCUCUGGCGCUCAGUCAGGCCAAGCUCGAAGGUCAUGCCUGACAAUUGCUGGUCAACAUUCUCGUCUUCUUUCGGCUUACGGAAAAGAGGAUGAUCAUCAAGCAAUGUGAUGAUCUCCCGAAACGCUUGAGGACCGGAGCUCGGUUGUUGCGCUUUGGUUGUCCUGGGUAGGAAGUACCAUUCCAGUACACCUCUGCCGCUUUUUCUGCGGUGCUCAAGUUCCAGGACAAUCCCGCGUUCUUCAAGUUUCAAGGUACUUUUGGGUUUGAAACCAACCAGCACUCCCUCAGUCUCCUCGGCCAAACCAUAGGCAGGUGCCACAAGCGACUUUGCUCUUGCAGCUUGCUCGGCCAGAAGAAUGGGCAGUGAAUGGACGGUUAUGAUUGUUGUGGCGAGGUAUGACAGGAGGGAAAGCGGCGAUGGAAGAUAUGACGUCGAUGUUGAUCCUGGCGAAGAAGGAAGUGGUAUAUCAGUGUGAUGGACUGCCACCAGUGAAAUUUGUAGCUGGUCCUGCGCCUGUUGCGGUCCUCGGGCUUGUUGAGGCGGCUGUAGCAAAGACGAUAGGAAUGCUGUCAAAUUCAGACGCGAAGCUGGAUUUGUGGAUAUCGAGGCCAGUGUCGUUAAUGAGUCAACUAUGAUCAGAUGUCC